CAGCUGUGUAACAGGAUCAGAAUGGCAGAAAAGCCAAUUUGGGAGCAGAUUGGGGCAAGCUUUAUACAACAAUAUUACCAGACGUUUGACGCUGAUAGGACCCAAUUAGCAGUAAUAUAUACUGAUGCAUCAUGCCUUACAUGGGAAGGGCAACAAUAUCAUGGCAAAGCUGCAAUUGUUGAAAAACUGUCAUUGCUUCCCUUUCAGAAAAUUCAGCAUAGCAUUACCUCACAAGAUCAUCAACCCACUCCGGAUAGUUGCAUAAUCAGUAUGGUUGUUGGUCAGCUUAAGGCUGAUGAUGACCCAAUUAUGGGGUUUCAUCAGGUAUUUCUGCUAAAGAACAUCCAAGACGCCUGGGUUUGUACAAAUGACAUGUUCCGAUUAGCGCUCCAUAACUUUGGCUGAAUUCC